ACCUUAUUUUUUACAUAAAAUAUAUGAGACUUCCAUUUAUGUGACACUGUACAAUAUUAUUAUUUUUCCAACAGUCUUAAAAUAUAUUAAUGUACUUUUACCCUUUCUUGUCAGAAGAUGUACUUUAUUGAAAAAUUUACACAUGGUUACAUUGAAAUGCAUUUUGUUUCGUUCACCAAUGACCUUACCCCCGUCUUGUAACCCCUCUUUGCCCGUGUCACAGCUUUUUUUCAGGGCUCCGCAGUCAACCUUGAACUGAAUGUGUGUAUUUCUGUUGUCUGUCUGAUCUUGUUCUGGGCUGUACUGAAACAAAUUUCAAUAUUGGUGAAUUUUUCCUUGUGGGGCUUAGUAAAGACUAAUUCUAUUGUAUUCUGCCUUUUUUCUUUCAACUAUUUUUUAACCAUAAUAUCAGCCCUACUGUUUGGAUGAUUGACAACAGGCCCAGACUCAGUGGGGUGCAGGUAGAAUAUCAGGGGCAACAAGUCUAGGUGUGCUGAGAGUUUGGGAUGACCCAUCCCCCUGAGCCCCUAAAAUGCAUAGAAAACCACGCUGUCAUAAUAUCAGUUCAUCUAUCCACACAUAGAUCUUGUAAAUUUUUAUAUUGAAUGCUCUUCCUGUCCUCUGCAAUUACCAGGCUUGGGACAGGCAAGUUUCCUGUUAACGUUUUGCAGCACAGCUGAUUCAAAUGAAUGGUUACCAGGCUUUUGCAGGGAUGAGCUGAAGUGAAUGUGCUGGAGCAGGGGACACAAGCAUGCACUCAGGACUUUCCCCGUCAGGAGGCAGCUGUGGAUCACAGACAGGCAGCGGACUGAGAGAGGCGCUGCUCCGUGGAGCGCUGGAUGUCGCAUCAUCCGACAGCACAGCCGGCCAGGGGGCGCGUCUUUGUCUGGGAGCGCGUCCAGCAGAGGGGCGGCGCGGCUCCCUGAGCUCCGAGGUUCCAUUUGGAUCUGCCCGGGUUACAGCCUUUUAACGCAGAGGGAGCAUCCUCCGGUCACGAAAGCGUGUUUCUAUCUAUCCUCCUUCAACACAGUGGAAGUUCUCCGGCGGGCUUGCUUACAGGGACGCGCCGCCGCGCGCAUUCAUUGAUGGAGCUUUUUUUGUUGUUGUUUUGAAAAAGCGUUUCCGGUUCUUUUUGGGUCGUUCCUCAUUAAAGUUGGAUCUCCAGUCCCGGCAUCCUGCUCCGGGCCGCUUGGCAUGCUCUGACAGCGCGUAACCACCGCCUUUGCCGCACCUUCCUCACAGGCGCUGUCAGUGUCACAGGUAUCGGGUACCUGAGUCUCCCAUGACAGCCUGAAGAGUCCUCCCUCCCUCCCUCCCACUGUUUAGUUUUGCAGCUGGAGCCUCUGGAACAGCUAUCAUGAAUGAAAUGAACAGGCGGCGCGCGCGUAACUGGAUCUACCUGGAUGUGUGGAAAACCUUCCUGGGAGCGCUGAUCUUUAUCCACCUGGUGCAGCAAGCAGACUCUUCAGCGGUGCCCAAACAGUGUGACAAAAGCUGCUUUUCCGGGAAGUGUGUUAACGGGACGUGCGUGUGCGAUCACGGCUGGGAUGGGGAUCAGUGCCAGCACUGUCAGGGAAGAUUCAAGUUAACAGACCUGUCGGGCUCCCUCACAGAUGGCCCCGUAAACUACAAAUACAAAACCAAAUGCACUUGGCUAAUAGAGGGAUAUCCAAAUACAGAACUCCGGCUGCGCUUCAAUCACUUUGCCACUGAGUGCAGCUGGGACCACAUGUACGUCUAUGACGGCGACUCCAUCUAUGCCCCUCUGAUUGCCGUCUUCAGCGGUCUGGUAGUACCUGAAACCCGAAGGAAUGAGACGAUCCCUGAAGUGAUGACGACAUCUGGCUACGCUCUGCUGCACUUCUUUAGCGACGCUGCCUACAACCUCACUGGUUUCAAUAUCUUCUACUCGAUAAACUCCUGUCCAAACAACUGUUCGGGCCAUGGCAGAUGCAGCGCAGCAAACUCCAUGGCGGGCCGCGUCUACUGCGAGUGCGAGGAGUACUGGAAGGGAGAGGCCUGCGACAUUCCAUACUGCAAACACAACUGUGGCAGUCCGGAUCACGGCUACUGCGACUUGACUGGAGAGAAGCUGUGCGUUUGCAACGACAGCUGGCAAGGUCCAGACUGCACUCUCACUGUCCCCUCCACUGAGGCCUUCUGGGUACUUCCCAGCAUCAAGCCAUCAACUCAGUCUCUGGGUCGGGCAUCCCAUCGAGCUCUGGUGCAUUCUGGACUGAUGUGGGUGGUGGGAGGCUAUUCCUUCAACUACUCCAACUACCACAUGGUCCUCAACUACAAUCUGGACAGCAGCACAUGGGACGCAGUGCCUGCAGGUGACGGACCCCUGAACAGAUACGGACACUCACUAGCUCUCUACAAGGAUGACAUUUACAUGUUUGGGGGGAAGCUGGAAGCCGGGACAUACAACAUAACGGAUGAGAUGUGGGUGUUCAACAUUCCCGGGCGCACCUGGUCACCACGGAAACCCGCCCCACCGCCUCCAUAUGCUGUAGAAGGCCACACGGCUCAUGUGGUAGAGCUAUCUGAUGGAGAACCAACGAUGCUGGUCUUCUUUGGCUACUCACCAAUCUACAGCUACAUCAACAAAGUUCAGGAGUACAACAUCCGCCAGCUAUGCGGGGAAGGUUGGCAACAUGUUGGUGAGGCCUGCCUGAAGAUCAACUCCAGCAGGGAGAGCUAUGACAACGCGCAGCACUACUGCAAAAACAUGGGAGGAAAUAUUGCCUCUUUGCUCACAGACAAUCAAGUCAAUUUUGUCCUUGAGGAGCUACAAAAAUAUCAACUGCAGGACAAGAGCUUAUCUCCAUGGGUGGGCCUCAGGAAGAUCAACGUGUCGUAUUGGGGCUGGGAGGAUGCAUCACCCUUCACAAACUCCAGCCUGCGAUGGUUGCCAGGAGAGCCGAGUGACUCAGGCUUUUGUGCCUACUUGGAGAGAGCCCAGAUGGCAAGUCUCAAAGCCAACCCCUGCACUGCCACCACUGACGGCCUGAUCUGCGAAAAACCUGCCGGAAGGCCACAGAAUCUAAGUGCUCGUCCAUGUAAGACGCCGUGCGCUCUUCGUACCAGCUGUGCCAACUGUACCAGCCAGGCCAUGGAGUGCAUGUGGUGUGGAAGUACUCAGCGCUGUGUAGACUCCUCAGCUUACGUCAUCUCUUUUCCCUAUGGCCAGUGUCUGGAGUGGCAGACCCAGGAUUGCUCUGCUCUCAACUGCUCAGGUCUGCGGACGUGUGCGGAUUGCCUGCAGAGAGCUGAAUGCGGGUGGUGCAGCGAUCCCAGCAACACUGGUAGGGGUGUGUGCAUGGAAGGUUCUUACCGGGGGCCCCUGAAACCUGCAAACCCAAGGUCUAGAUCCAGGGACAGAGUAAGACUGCGAGAUGGGGACAUGGUGGUGGAUCAGUCUCUCUGCUCAACUGACAAAGGCUACAACUGGGCCUUCAUACAGUGUCCUGCUUGUCAGUGUAAUGGACACAGCAAGUGUGUAAACGGCACUGUGUGCGAGCUCUGUGGGAACCUGACAGCCGGAUCACAGUGUCAAAGCUGCAUGCCCGGUUACUAUGGUGACCCCACCAAUGGAGGAAAGUGUCAUGUUUGCAAGUGUAACAGUCAUGCCAACGUGUGCCAAGCCAGCACGGGGAAGUGCUUUUGUACUACCAAAGGGGUCAAAGGAGACCAGUGUCAACUAUGUGACUCAGAAAACCGUUACCUUGGUAACCCCCUCAGAGGAACAUGUUAUUAUAAUCUACUUAUCGAUUACCAAUUCACCUUCAGUCUGCUUCAGGAGGACGACCGCUACUACACUGCCAUCAACUUCAUGGCCACACCUGAACAGGCCAACAAAAACCUUGACAUGUCCAUCAAUGCCUCAAACAACUUUAAUCUGAACAUCACCUGGUCUCUCAGCUCAACAGCUGGCACAAUCUCUGGUGAAGAAAUGCCCAUUAUAGUGAGGACCAACAUCAAGGAGCACAAAGACAGUUUUUCAUGCGAGAAGUUCAACUUCAAGCUUCACCACAACAUCACCUUCUUCGUGUACGUGUCCAACUUCAGCUGGCCGAUCAAGAUCCAGAUUGCUUUCUCUCAGCACAACAGCAUCAUGGAUCUGGUCCAGUUCUUUGUAACAUUUUUCAGCUGUUUCCUGUCGCUGUUGCUGGUCGCUGCUGUGGUGUGGAAAAUCAAACAGACCUGCUGGGCCUCACGACGAAGAGAGCAGCUGAUGAGAGAACGGCAACAGAUGGCCAGUCGUCCCUUUGCUUCGGUUGCCGUAGAGCUGGAGGUGGGUGGCAACCAGGAGGAGCCACUCCAGGGAGUGCCGAAGCCUAUAGCCAUGGAGCCAUGCUGGGGGAGCAGAGCGGGUGUUCUCACCGUACUCCUGUACCUUCCCAGAGUCCCAUCUGGAAUACCCCCACCGGGACAAUCUGGUAUUGCAAUAGCCAGCGCUCUGGUGGACACAUCACAGCAGCGAGUUUUGGACUUUAAAGAAAGAGGCCUGGGGCUAAAACACCGCAAGCACAUUGUGCACCAUCAAGGCACUUGUGUGUGAACAAAGUGAACACAUAUCCAUGGUGACUAUCCUAGGGAUUUCACAUGAGCAUAUGCUCACAGAUGAUAAAAGCCUCCAAGAACAGCAUUUCAAUGACGCCUGGGAAGAGCAUGGAUUUAGAUGAAUGCCUGUUUUUGCAAAAUAAAACAAAAGUUUGCGGCCCUUUUGUUUCUUGGGUCAUGUAGAGAGGACUGUUUUUUUAUUGUUGUUCCCUUGUUCUAUGUCAAACAUUAGCUGAGUGACUGCAGGGGUGUGUUAGCGUCCACAGGGUUGGUUGGAAAUCUUUAAGUGCUCCUGCCAUUCAGUGUCAGUCAAUCCCACUGAUGGAAGUUGACAAAGAACUGUUGUUUUCCACCAAUAAAGAAAAACCAAACAAGUUGAUGUUGAUGAAGGAGCUGUUGAUGAAGAAUUGCAUCUUAUUUCAAAGGUUGUUGUAUGUAAGUGAUGAUUUUAAAAUAUAAUAUAAUAAUAAUAUUUCCUAUACCAUGAUUUGAUAACUCCUCAGGUCCUCAAAGAUGGAGGGACGUCUGUUUUUUCAGUACUGAAAGGAAAAGGCUUUAACCUUAACCAGGACCCUUUGUAUUAUUACUAUUAUAUAUUAUGAAACUUUUCAUGCAAACAGAAUGUAAAUUCUGGACAGCCAAGCAACUUGAACGCUGGUAUCAAACUACCGAUAUCAGUCACAUUACUCCUUAUUUACUACUGUGAAGGUACACUCAUGACUAACUUUAGCAUAUCACAACUUGGGCUAUUUAUUAUUUAUGCAAAAUCAAUUGACACAAUGUCUAAUAAAUGCACUUUUAUUUCAUUUUUAAACUAAUAAUAGUGUCCCUUCUUUUUGUAAUCUCCUUUACCUUUAAAUGUCGUGUAUGCAAAAGAAGAAACAAAAACCCAAGAUUUUGAUGUGAGGUGUUUUCUCCUGACCAGUUGUGUUGCACUUCCCUUUUAAAGUUGUAAAGUCAGUUUUAUCAAUUGCACAUUCAAAGUAUAGUUGUGUCACUAUGCAUAUGUGAAUAUGUAUGGUAUGUAUGUAUUUUGCACCAGUUUUUUUCUUUUUUUUUUGCUGAGACUGGAACAGUGGGCAGCUCAAAAAUACCAGUUUGUCAUCUGUAAAAAAUAAAACCUUUUGAUGCCUCUUUGUAUUUUAA